ACUCGAAACGAAGAUAUACAUUUAUUAAAUGUAUUUACGAUGAAUUGAGUGGAAAUCCUGAAGCGCAACGUUAUGAUAAAUUGCACACUUCUUUUUAUGAAGUUGCAUCAAUGGCAUCAAAAACUGAAGAAAGUUGUAUGACUGUGAUGACAGUUUUAGAUAAGCUGAAGGAGAAGUUGAGUCUGAAUGUGUCAAGUAGUGAAAGUGGUCAAACAUCUCAUCACACACCGGGUGCAGUGACAAUAUCUAAUGAAGUUAUUAAUGGGACAUCAAAGGAAUGUAUUAAGGUGCUUAGUCCUUUAGUAGCUCGAAGUAAAGGGCGACCAGUGUCAAAACGAAAGGAAUCUAAAACAGACCAAGUGAUUAGGAAAUUGAAAACAAGAAAGAGACAGGAAGGGAACAAAACUAGCAAAAAAAAAGGAAAAGGAAAACAGAAUUCUCAAGUGGCACAAGAAAUUGAAGUCAAUGCAAGUGAAAUUGGUUUGCCUACUUUAAGUACUCCACAAGAAGAUCAUGAAAUGGGAACACAAGAGAGAAGGAAUGUUCAGUGUCAUCAGAGUCAAGGUUCUAGUGAUGGAUAUAUGAUGCCACAUUUUGGCUCUCCUUUAUUUCCUGGAAACCAAAUGCAGUGUCAUCUGAGUCAAGGUUCGAGUGGUGGAUAUAUGAUGCCAUAUUUUGGCACUCCUUUAUUUGCUAGAAACCAAAUGCAGGGUCAUCCAAAUCAAUUUUGGGGAAGUGGAUGUCAAGUGCCAAAUACUGACCAGCUUAGUGUUUAUGGAACACAACAACAUCAUAUAAUCAACUUCAAUCAUUUGAAUUUGCUCCAAGCUCAACAGCAUGGGCAUCAAUUUAAGGAUCAAGAUGCUGGCAAGUUCAGUUAAAAUUAAGUUCAACUUGAUCAAGAUGACAAACUUUUUGUUU